CGAAUCAUUCCCUGUUUCAACAGACAAUGGCUUCUUUCUCGAUAAAAGAUUUUGUUGGUGAUGGGGUUCUCAAGGAAUUGCUUCCAAAGCUUUUGGAAGAAGGUUGGGAUGACGUCCCAACUUUAAAGAUCAUGAAUUCAGAUGACAUGGAUGCGAUCAACAUGACACAGAAUCAAAAGGAUGCUCUGGAAAUCAGAACCUACCUUCAUGAUCGUGCUUUGAUGCAGUAUGGAGAUAAGCUAGAGGCCUCUAAGAAAUGCCUACCCGAGCUCCUUAACUUGCGCACAGAGGAGCUAUCUUCUCGAUUCAACAUGAAAAGGGGACAUAUUGCACGUUUCACAGAUAGAGGCAACGCAUGCACGGAUCCUCUACCGAAAUCUUACGGCCUCGCCGCGAGGCAGAACACGGCUAUACCGUCUAGAAAUAACACCAUUCUUAAGAUUCAAUCCAUAGCAAAGUCCUUUAGCAGGAGUAGCACAUACAAUAACAGGUCGCUGGAAGAAUCACUGGCCGACUUCAAGAUUAAAGAUGGAUACAUCUUUAAAGGGAUUGUUGCUGCCAGACCGGCCGAGGCUCGAGCCUGUGGUUGCGUACAACCUCCUCCGGUGGUUGACAGCGUGGCGCCUUAUGCUACUAUUGAAAACAUAUCGGUUCAGAGAUUAACUCCUGUGUAUAAGAUUGGGAUGGAGCCCUUGGUGAAAUCCAAGACUCCACCUAUGAAAGCUUCGGAACUGUGGCGGUAUAAGCCGACUGUUCUCCUAUGCAUUCGACGGCCAGGGUGCAUCAUGUGCAGAGCUGAAGCUCACCAGCUCUAUGCCAAAAAGCCAAUAUUUGAUGCAUUGGGAAUCCAAAUGCUUGCAGUUCUUCAUGAACAUAUAGAAUCAGAAGUGGGUUAUAUAUCAAGUUUUGAAGCAGGUAAAAGACUUCUGGCCACGCUAUUGGGGUGGAGUUGUGAUCUUGGAUCGUACAAUGGGAUUCUUCAAAGCUCUUGGAGGUGGGAAAUUACUUAA